CUGUGGUUAAAACGAGGGUUUAGUUUUUGAACGGUGUUUCAGUUUUCCUAGCAGAAUCGGUUUCUGGGGGAAGUUUCCAAUCAUGUCGUCUUAUUCGUCUUCGCACACAGCAUCGUCUUCGUAUUCUUCUUCGAAGGAGCUAUCUGAGAAUGAAGAACCUGAAACCAGGAACUGGCUGGACCUUCCUCGGGACGUGACGGCGUCGAUUCUCCUGAAACUCGGCGCAGUGGAGAUCCUUACGAGCGCUCAGCAUGUAUGCACUUCGUGGCGGAGUAUCUGCAAGGAUCCUGUCAUUUGGCGCACCAUUGACAUGCAAAAUCUGGGGGAUCUCCAUAUUAUGCCUGACGAUUUGGAGAUUUUGUGCCGCCGCGCUGUUGACCGAAGCUGUGGUCAAUUGGUCGAUAUUAAUGUCGAAUACUUCGGCACUGAUGAUCUGCUCAAGUACAUUACUGAUAGUACAAGUCACCUACGUCGUCUUAGGCUUGUUUACUGUGAUGAUAUAUCAGAUGAGGGGUUGUGUGAAGUUGCUGGGAAACUUCCACUGUUGGAGGAACUUGACAUUUCAAUUGGCAACAUAUCUAAGGAUUCUCUUGAAGUUAUUGGCCGAAACUGCCCUCAUAUAAGAUCUUUGAAAUUCAAUAUGGAGGUUUUCAGACGUCCUCACAUUGAACUUGAUGAUGAGGCAUUUGCUAUUGCAAAAACCAUGCCUGAGCUGCGCCAUCUCCAGCUUUUUGGGAACAAGCUGACUAAUGUUGGUCUGCUUGCCAUUCUUGAUGGUUGUCCUCGCCUGGAAUCCCUUGACCUGAGACAGUGUUUCAAUAUUAAUAUGGAAGGAGCUUUGGGGAAAAGAUGUGCUGAACAGCUGAAAGAUUUACGGCGUCCAAAUGAUCCCACUGAUGACUACCCUUUUGAUGCCACAAUUCCUGAUGGUGGAUCAUUUGAUGAAGACUAUCCGUUGGGGAUCUCAGACACAGAUUUCUUGUCGGAUGAUGAUUAUGAGUAUGACUUUUAUGCCUUCUCGGACGGAAGUGAUAUAUCUGACGACGUCGGCUAUUAUUUUGAUCCUGAUACCUAUUAGCAAAACAUGAAGCUUUUUUGAAGAAAACAGGUGCUUUGAAAAUUCAAGUUUUCAUUCUUUUGUGGCUUUCUCUUAAAGAUUGUGGUGAAAGUGCAGCAGGGAAAAGUUUGUCAGUAAGUUAAAUUCAAGUGACCUGGAUCUUGUAGGGGUUGAUGCUGUUUUAAUGGAUAUUGUAGAUGGAGACAUCCUGCCUGGUAGAAUGUAUGAAGUGUCUCCCAACGUCAAUGAGAUGCCUGCAUGGUGUCUUUUUGGUGCUUCAUGGUGCUCAACCUCACAUUUCAAUCAAGUUACAGCUCUUGGAACGUGGAAGAACACUUUUUAAAAUAGUUGAUGGUUGAUAAUAUGUGUCUAUAGUAACACUGUGCUUAGUAUGGGAAAAGAUGCUAAUUAUAUCUUAUGUUUGCAAACACUAUCUUCAAGCAUGGAGUGACUUCUAUAUAUAUAAUGAAGGGCCUCGGAUUUUAUAUCUUCAA